AUGGGAAUUCCGGGGUAUCUCAGAUUUCUGCGUGAGCAUGGGAGUUUUCGUACUGCCUUCAGCGAAGAUGUACCAGCCUGCUCACAAACACCCCAAAGAACCACGUCAUUUGAUGACGUGUAUGUGGAUUUCAAUCAACUGAUUCAUGCGCAAAUCGCGAAGCUUCCUCUUGGGUCAAAAAUCGAAGAUGUCUUUCCGCUGGUUGCAGAGGACACUUGCAAACUUCUUCGUCGUUGUGGAAUAUCUUCUGACUACCAUCAUGCAACACCACUGCCGAGUGGAAGUACUUCAACUUCUUGUUCUUCUAUUUCCUAUAGUUCUUGUGCAGCCUAUAGAAGUACUACAUCAAUCAACACGAAGAACAACAUCAAAAAUCACGAUGAAAAUCACGAAGAUUCGAGCAGCAUGGCGAUGAAGUUGUUGGCGACUGCGCAGCGCGUGGUGUAUCUCGCCAUGGACGGAGCGCCAAACAAGAACAAGGUCGCAUCCCAGCGAAACGGCUGUCGAGUAGAGGAAGACCCUAUAAAGUUGGGAGUCAAACCCGGAACCGAACUGAUGAUGCGGCUUGCCGCUUUUUUGAAGACGGACAUUUUGCCGGUCCUCCGAAAAUUGAACCCAGGUGUGGAGUUUUAUGUAAGCGAUACCACGGAACACGGCGAGGGAGAAGGCAAAAUUUUCGCUCUUAUCGGCCACAGAGAAAAGGCUGAGCAGGCUCGUCUCGCGGAGGUGCUUACAAUAAUUUUUUAGUCUUCGUCAAUACCAAGAACUUCAAAAUCAGUGUUGAAGAUGCACUUAUUCAGAUGAAGAGAAGCUACUUAGAUUCUAAAAAGUAAACGUAGAAACGCGAAUACGAUCAGUCGUGGUCUAAGAUAAUGUGACUUCUUUUUAUUUGAAAUUAAUACAACGAACAGGCGCACGCCGUUUCUUGCUCAUCGUCGUUGGCGAAGAAACGGAAGGUCUGUGUUGUGGGGAUCGACUCGGAUUUGUUCUUGAUGGCCAUUGCCGCACUGGGUCCACGUGACUUGUUGGUGUGGUAUCGACCAGCACAGAAAACGACCACGAGCGGAAUCUAUUCUCCUUGUUUUUUUAGCAAGAAGGUUUUUUUUGAUCGGCUUGCGAAAACGUUGCGCUUACCCCAGAAUGUUAUCGAUGACACAACCGAUCUGCUUCCUUACGUUGAGGACGUGAUCGCAUCGGACAUUGCAGCCCUCUCUCUCCUGUUGGGGAACGACGCUCUACCGGGAUUUCCCCUGGACGCUGCAAAACUGUUCGAUACGUACUUCAGCGCCAUUUCCUCUAAAAUACGGAGAGACGGCAUGGAAGCCUUCGAUAACGAGGGUCGCAUCCUGUUCGACGAGGAGUACUUCUACAACUACGAACACGAAGAAGAUGUUGUGAAAGCUCCUGUUCAACAUCCCAACCAGCAUUUCUUUUCGAAAAGACGCUUUGGCUUCAAUAUCGACAACCCACUCUUGGAAGACUGCAUCAAAGCGGCACGCUCAGAUGAGCUAAUAUCCUGGUUCGACGCCAAGAAGAAGAACACUUUCUCCUUCACCACCGAAAUGGAAUUCAAGAAAAAAAACCCGGUCGUGGUUGCUGAAGAGCGCGGCAGGGCUGGUAGCGGCAACGCAAGCUCGCUUCUGAAGAUGGAAGUUGCCGAAGCGAGGAAAAUGCAAGAGCUGGCGGAGCACUUAGGGGCGAUGCAAGGCGCGAUUGCAGGCUCGCGUGCGUGGUCUUUCGAAACGCCUGCUGGCCAGGGGGGGGUUUUUCAAAACUUGGACAAGUACAUGGGAUGCCUCCUGUGGCAACUCGAGGAAAUCAUUAUGAUUAAAAAAGAUGUUGAACAAGAAGAAGAUGAUUUUGAUAGUUGAUGUUCUUGUGUGACGCAUUCACAUUCUCAUUCAUACAGAUUCAAAAUAACUAGAAAAAUAGGAAUACUUAGUUAACAACAAGGCUCUAGUAGUAGUACUUCUAGAGACAUUAGAACAAGUUGUAACGUGUAAUAUUCCUAAUAUCAUCAUCAAUCUGCUUCUGCUCUAAUAUGAAGAACAUUGGAGAUUUUCCAGGGAAGAUGCGGUUACAGGGCGAAUGCGAACAGUGGAACUACUUCUGCGAUCUGAAGCCCGAGCAUGGGCCGAUAAUGGAGGUGGACUCGUUUUUGGACAUGUUGAAUUUCCGCAUUCAAAUGAUUCGCGAGGGAAAAGAACCAGAAUUUUCUGCCGCCAUUAUUCCGCGCUCUUCAUCUACAGCUAGAAGAAGCCCUGUCUCAAACGUUGCGCCCCAUGUGCUCACGUAUUGCUUGGCUGCCAUCCCAAUCAACAGAUUGCAGGAUGUUCUGAAUCAAAACACCCUUUCCGGGAUUGUGCUCCCCUGCCUGAAAAGCUAUCCAGAGUUCUUUCACGGUGUCCAGCGGAUUGAUGAGCAAUUUCAUGACGAAAGGAAGCUGGUGGAGGCGACAUUGAGAAUCUUCAAUGGUUGUAAAAACACGCUGUUGAACACUCUUGAUAAGACAUUGCUCUCGAGGCUCGAAAGUGAAACAGAAAAGCUCAUAGAUGAGGAGGAAGAAGAAGAGGCGGAGAGAACGAUGGGAAGCAACAUCAACAACAACACUUCUGCUAGUAUCGUUGUACCAACAUUAAGAGCAACAACAACAACCUCGUCUGCGAGCCGAUAUCAACAACAACAACAACUUCUCGUCGAGUUGCAGGACUAUAAAAAGCGCUUACGCGAUGCCCUUCUUGCUCUGAACACUGCACGUGCCACACUCUUGGAAGCAAAGGCAGAUUAUCGCGAAAAGAUCGCAAAGUAUUCUGAUGUACAGGAUAUAGAUCUUUUGAAGCUGGAUCGCGAGGUUGUGAGACCUGCAGUUGCGCGAUUGGAGAAGGGCGAGCUCUGAAAUUCUUGAUGUUGGAUGUGGAUUUUUGAGCAGAUGAUUUUCGAAAAUGAUCAAAGUGAAAUGGAAUUUGAAAUGCUAAGUACUUACUUUGUAUAAGAGGUGAGAGACACGACGAACUUCCUUCAAAGUUAAGUCGAACUCUCGAUGAUUUUGAUUUUUAGUUUUUUCCUGGUCUCUACCAAGAACCGCCUUCCACGUUAUUUGUCAUGACUACUAUACAAGUUGGACGACAUUAUUUUUAAAUUUACGCGGCCUGCGGAUCCUCAUUCUUGAAAACCAUUCAUUAAGAUUACGCAGGCUGCGGACCCUCAUUCUUGAAAACAAAGUUUCAAUUUCAUUGACUUCUCUCGUUGUAGACUUCUUUCGUCCUCGCUUUUAUGAUCUUCAAUAUACAACUGCUUAUUCCUCACAGCGUCGCAAGAACGAUGUGGUUCUUCAUCGGUCUUCUGUAUU